AUGAAGAAAGCGGCCACCAUCGAAGUGGCGGGUUACACAACCCUCCCCCUCCAACUCCCACCAACAUCCAUAUACCCAACACCAGCAACCCACUACCUCUACAUCCGCCCCCACGAGCCACGCAUCCCAGACCCAGACUCGACCCGCUCUCUCUUCAUCGUCAACACCCCCAUCGACACAACAGAAGUCCACCUCCGCCACCUCUUCAGCACCCAACUCUCCGCCGGCCGCGUGGAACGCAUAACCUUCGAAGACGUCCCCGUGAAAAAACCCGGCCUCGCAACCGCAACAGAGCCGAAUCUCUCCCACCGCGCCAACAAGAAACGCAAGCGCAUCACAGCAGAUGACCUCCAAUCAACCCUCGACGAAAUCACACCCCCGUCAACAUGGGACCGUGCACUCCACAAAUCAGGCGCCCAUGCUAUCGUCGUUUUCGCCGAUAAACCCAGCAUGGAAUCUAGCCUCAAAGCCGCCGCUAAGGCUGCCCGGAAGAACACCAAUCUAAUCUGGGGCGAUGGCAUCCCACUCGACCGAAUCCCGCCACUAGGCGUGCAGCGAUACAUCUCCCACGAACGGAGACGCUAUCCCGAGCGGUCAGCGCUACUACGCUCCGUGAACGAUUUCAUGACCGUGUUCGAGCAGGUAUCCGAGGCACGGAAGAAGGAGGAGUCGAAGAAAGCUGGUGUACCGGAUGAAGAUGGCUUCGUUACUGUUGUUAAUGGGCCGAAACUUAAUUCUGUCGCGCGGGAGGAGGAGAUGCGGGAGUUGGUUGAGCGGCAGAAGAAGAAGGAGGAGGGGCUUGAGGACUUUUAUCGGUUCCAGAGUCGCGAGAAGAGGAAGGAGAGGCAGCAGCUUUUGCUUAGACGGUUUGAUGAGGAUAGGCGCAAGUUGGCGGAUAUUAAGAUGCGGAGGGGGAAGAUUCGGCCCGAAUGA